CUGCUGAGCAGCGCUGCACUGCACUCGUCUGCCUCUCUGGUUUGGUGCAUGCGGAAAUUGCAGCUAUUGAAAGCCUUACAACCUUUGUUUCAGAGACUAGGCGGAUAUAGCAGUUUGCUUACAGGAAGAUUAAAAAAACAAAAACGGCUAUUCUUUUGCACGAUGCUUACUCGUCUACUUCAGAAAGCCUUUUGCUGACAGUAACAUUACUGCUCGUACUAACAAAAAAAUCCCUUACCUUAAGACCUGCACCGUUUUUUCUCUCUUAGUCUUAGCAUUCUUAAAAGACUUCAUUUUGCACUUAUUCAAACUAUGUAACAUAGCAUGAAUAAUUCAGCCCGAUUGAAUAAAUGGGAACUUUUUCAGUCAGUGUAGGUGAGGAGUCAAGUUAAAAACUGCUGCUUCUAUUUAAGAGGUAUUAAUGACUGCCAUGACCAUUACAUAUACAGUACAAACUGUUCACUCAGACAACGGGCUUGUAUUCAAAACAGUAGUAAUGGGACCAUUUGCAAAUGCUCAUCUAAUCUUACCUGAUAGCUUUUCCCUAAUUCUUCAAGCCUGGCCAUAGCCUAAGUAGAAAUUUUGUCAUGCUGCUGUAUCUUCAGCUGAUACACCUUACUUUGUUUGUACCUACUAAAAAGAAUAAAGAAUAAUUUUUAAAAAUUCACAAACCACAGAUCUUUUAACUAUGGUGAGUUGCUCGGACUUGGUUGAGAAACUUGCUGCUUAACCUUUCAUACUGUAGAACAAAAUCACUUAAGUCUGCUGUCGCAAUGCCACCAUUGCUUUACACGAUCCGAUCAAAAAGCAUUCUCGUGUUAAUGAUAGCAAACAUUUAACCUCAUACAGCAAGGUAUGAUCUGCUGUGAAGAACCUGCUAUUCACGUGAAAACUGUCUAGGUUCAGUAAGUUCAUAAGAAUUACUUCAGUUUAUGUUCUAAAGUAAUAUUUCUCAACUUCCUUUCCAGUUUUCCCUUUUCAUUUUGGUCCUUACCUCAGUCUUCUCUAUUUUCUCAUUCUGUGAUUCAGGUUUGCCAAUUUCCCUAACAUUUGUAAACUUAAGUGUGGUGCUAUUUCUAUUAAAUUGUACUCCUAACCUUUAACUCUUUUGUGCUGUCAGGAAAAUGUAAAUCUGCCUUGGGAUUCACGCUAGCAAAGCAAACAGCUGUACAGAAAAUAACAUGCCUGGUCUACAGGGACUCAAACCAAUAGUUUCCACUGAAUCCCCAGCUCUGGUUUUUGGGACAACAACUAAACUUGCUUCAGAUUUACCAGCAACUGAUUCUUUCUUGGGUAAAAACCAGGUGCCAGACCUACAGAAACUUUUUCAGAAAGCAGAUGGGCUGCCUGUACACCUGAAACGAGGAGUUCCAGAUAAGCUGCUUUAUCGGACCACUAUGGCUCUCACAAUAGGAGGAACUAUCUACUGUCUAGUAGCAUUGUACAUGGCCUCACAACCAAGAAGCCAAAAGUAGAUGAACCAUGACUCACAGGACUCAAUUCUUAGAAGGACCUCCUGCGUGUUUCUCUUUACCUGCUUCUUAAUUCUGUGAUGAUUUAAUGUUCAUCUUUUCAGAUAAAAUUUCUUGGAGAAAGAUGUUUUUAAAUUGGUUGCCUUAUGUGUUCUAGAAAUUAAUAUAAACAAUGACUUUAAGUCAUCAACUUACUGUUGCAGCUCAGCAUUUGUUGUCUCGCAGGAGUGUAUGAAGUUGGAGAAAGCUGAACUUUUUCUUCUCCUCACUCAGCUUCAAUAACGUUGGAGAUAGGACAGAAGUACCACUUUCUGGACUAGGCUCCACAUUCCUUAGUGGGAGCUUGCUGCUAGUUUCCAAAAGCGUAAAGGAAAAUAAUUAUUAUGACAUACACUGCUCAUUUUACAUAAGCAGGUGGCAGUGAAACUUCUCUAAAUGCUGGCAUAUCAUAAAUACUUGUACCUCUGAUGGUAGGGCAAAUGGUUAUCUCCUUGGAACAUGUAAACUGGAUUUAUUUUAUGUGAACAUCACGAUAUGCAGCAGUAUUGUAGCAUCAGUUGUACCAGUUCUUGGACUUUUCAUUUGUCAGAUGCUCUCAUGCAAUAAAAAUAAAUACAUGAGUAAUAAAAUGGAGAAGUCUUGAACAUUUCAUACCAUUUCAGCUGACCUGGUAGUACUGGUACACUGUUAUUUAGGUUUAACUUGUAGAUCACAAGCCAGAAAAUUGGUUGAUCUACCUUACUGUAAUCUUUUAGAGAUGUUAACCCUCUUAAAAACCUACCUUGGAAUUCAUUUGUUGUUUUAAUUAUGUGUUUUAGUGAAACAGGUCACUGCAUUUCAUAGUUCAGCUGUGUAUUCUUUCCAGCGCAUGCACAAAUUUAUGUACAUAUAGGUACUGUCUCUAACACAAGAAAGACGUGGAGCUGUUAGAGCAGAUCCAGAAGAGGUCCAUGAAGAUGACCAGAGGGCUGAAACACCUCUUCUAUGGAAAGCCCCUAGGGAGAUCUCAGUGUAGCCUUCCAGAGCUUAAAAGGAGCUUAUAGGCAAGAGCAUGACAACAAGGGGGAAUGACUUAAAACUAAAAGAGAGGAGUUGAUGUUAGAAAAUUUUUCACUCAGAGUGGUGAGGUGCUGGAACAGGCUGUCUACAGAAGCUGUUAAUACCCUGUCCCUGAAGGGGAUCGAGGGCAGGUUGGAUGUGUUGUGGGCAGCCUUUGCUGGGAGUAGGAGGCAAGGGAGGAGCAGCCAUGUCAAAAGCAAGGGAUUGGAAUUAGGGUCCCUUCCAAUCCAAGCUAUUCUCUAGUUUUAUGACAUAUGAGCAUCAAUGUCCUUUUCUGUGUGGGUGGAGGUGAAUCUAAUAAAACUUUUUUUCCCCCUGUAAUAUCAUAGCCUUGAAUCGCAAGUUUUACGUAAGUCCUUUCAAAAGGUAUCCUCUAAUUUGAUAGAUUCUGCUCUAAUUUACAAACAGAAUAUUCACUUCCAAUCAUUCAGGCAAUGAGUCUGGAUAAGCAUUAGUCCCUGUGAGGAUUCAUCUCUCUCAGAAAGGUGAAUUAAGCAAAACAAUUGAUAAAGGAACAUGAGAUUUCCAUUGGAUCACUCAAUUACAAAACAAAUCAGUUCUUCUAGUAAAAAAGUUAUACUAAAGCCUUGUUACUCUUUCACAGGAAAGAAAAUAGCUGCUUGUAUUGUGAUCUCAGAUUUCAAUCAAUGCUGUUAUUUCAAGAAUGGAGAGAUGAGGUUACUAAAUAAGAAAACUAUAAGGAUAGUUACUCAAAGAGUAAUAUAAUGUUCUCCAGGAACUGGCAGCUAUGGUACCUCAACUGAAAAUAUAUUUUAUCUUCAGUAAUACAUGCUUCCGUAGCACUAAGAAUCUUAAAUAGGCUGCUAAACUUUUCUAUUUUGUAAUUAAAUAAAUAAAGCAGCAUGGAGGUCAUUGUCUUUCCUGCAUGUCAUAUAUUAAGCACUCCCCUACAAUCCUUCUAAUAAAGAAUAUUUUGCAAACAAACUUCA